AUGCUAAGGAAUAAUUCAGGCAACUGUUCAGACUCUGAAAAUGAAGAUGGCUCGGUGUUUUCACAAAUGGAACACAAUAUUGUUGCAACUUACUUGAUAAUGGCAGGUAUGCUAAGUAUCCUCAGCAACAUAAUAGUUCUGGGCAUUUUUGUCAAGUACAAGGAACUUCGGACACCCACAAAUGCGAUCAUCAUUAACCUGGCUGUUACUGACAUCGGGGUCAGCAGCAUUGGCUACCCUAUGUCUGCUGCUUCAGAUCUGCACGGAAGUUGGAAAUUUGGAUACACGGGAUGUCAGGUUUAUGCUGGAUUGAAUAUCUUUUUUGGAAUGGCAAGUAUUGGGUUACUCACAGCUGUGGCUGUGGAUCGAUAUUUGACCAUCUGCCGUCCUGACGCAGGAAGCAGCAGGACCACCCACACUUACACCAGCAUGAUUCUGGGGGCCUGGACCAAUGGCCUCUUCUGGGCAUUGAUGCCUAUUUCAGGUUGGGCAAGUUAUGCCCCUGAUCCUACUGGGGCCACCUGUACUGUAAACUGGCGGAGGAAUGACGCCUCUUUUGUUUCUUACACGAUGACAGUUGUUAUGGUCAAUUUUAUUGUGCCCCUGACUGUGAUGUGUUACUGCUAUUGGCAAGUUGCCCGGUCCAUCAGCUGCCACACCACUCAUCCCGACACUGAGUCCCUCGACAGAGACUGGCUGGAUCAGGUAGAUGUGACAAAGAUGUCUGGGAUGAUGAUACUCAUGUUUCUGGUGGCAUGGUCCCCUUAUUCCAUCGUGUGCCUGUGGGCUUCUUUGGGUGACCCAGAGAAGAUUCCUCCCUCGGUGGCCAUCACAGCUCCACUGUUUGCAAAAUCCUCUACAUUCUACAACCCCUGUAUACAUGUGAUUGCUAAUAAAAAAUUUCGAAGGGCAAUAUUUGCCAUGUUCAAAUGUCAGACUCACCAAGCCAUGUCCGUGUCGUGUAUUUUACCAAUGGAUGUAUCUCAAAACCCACUGGCUUCUGGAAGAAACUGA